AUGCUUAUUCUCGGUUUAACAGGUGGUAUUGCUACCGGUAAAACAUCCGCUAGUGAAUAUUUUAAAAAACAUGGUAUUCCAGUCGUUGAUGCUGAUCAACUUGCUCGUCUAGUUGUUGAACCUGGUAAACCUGCUUAUAAUCUUAUAUUAAAAUAUUUUGGUCAUUUAAAUAUUCUUGAAAACAACAGUCAAAAUUUGGAUCGAAAACGUUUAGGUGAAAUCAUAUUUACAAAUGAACAAAUGCGUAAACAAUUAAAUAAAUGUACACAUGGAUAUAUUCGUCGUGAAGCAUUUAAACAAUUAAUAGAACAUUUUUUUCAAUUACAACCAAUUGUAAUAUGGGAUGUUCCAUUAUUAUUUGAAGUUGGUCUCAAUCGAUAUUUAUCCAAUACAUUAGUUAUAUCUUGUGAUCAAACUAUUCAAUUAGAUCGUUUAAAACAACGUGAUAAUAUGAAUGAUGAUCAACAAGCAUUACAACGUAUAAAUGCACAAAUGAAUUUAGAAGAAAAAUGUCGACUAGCACGUUAUGUUAUUGAUAAUAGUGGCACAAAAGAUGUAUUACAUAAAGAAUUACAAGAAUUUCUAAUAACUAUUCAACCAAAUAAACUAAAUACUAUAGCAUGGUUUGUUGUACUUGUUAUACCAGUAACAAUAACUUAUGGCAUUCUUCGAAUUUGGGAUUGUUAUGAUCAUAUCAAAUAUCGAAAUAGAUCAUAA